AUGAGCUCAAUUGAGUUGGCGGGCUUGAGCCGCAGGAUCCGCUCCGUGAGGAGAAGUUUGAGAAGACAGCUGGAUGAGUCGCAAGGCUCAUGGAGCGGCCUCUCUGCUUCAUGCGUGAGACAGGCGCUCCUGGUCUACCUUUGGAGCCAAGCAAAGACGUCGCAUCAUGCUUUGGACGCCGCGGCUACCUACCUCGCUCGCGCUGCUCCUCUGGUGAUUGUGCAGGUGGCCGUGUCGGCGAAGGAUGCCUUCGAUGCUUUGUUUGCCGCUACUUCGGCAGCGUUGAUGGCUCGGUUGAGCACAGACCCACCUGCAUCGGAGCUGUACCGGGCUUGUGAUUUCAUUAUACAAUACCUGCUUCAUGAUUGGGUCAGGUCUCAAAAUGUCGAGUAUGGAGUGGCCCCCACAAGGCAGCAGUUAGUAAGACAGGCUUUGCUCUUUGUUCCGGACGGCCUUCCAGAGGCUGUAGAGAACCGCCUGUGUUUGCCUUUCUAUGGUGGCCCUCCAUCCCAACGGGCAUAUUUGAGACGUUUUCGGAAAGCUUGGAACGGGCGCAUAGGCACCUUACCUGUCACAGCUUCUUUGCCAAUCCAUGUGUUGCAGGAGAAGGUUAUCAUUGCCAACAAGACCCAGUUUCCCAUCAAAUUUAUGAAGUCAUUGGCCAAAACAUUGGGGUUGCAGGUCCUAGUGGUGCCGGCUGGUGCUACCGGUACACUUCAACCGCUUGAUGCAUAUAUUUUUCGCACCCUACGCUGUGAGAUCCGGCGGCAGUGGACGCAGACAAAGAGCGAAGCUGCUGAAGGUGUUGUUUCCCGAGAAGCAUGGCUACGUGUGAUGGCCACUGCAGUGGAGACAGUGCUUUCGCAUCGAGAUUGGCAGCGGGCUUUUGAAGGAACUGGAGUGACCAAGCAGCAGAAUUGCAUAUCGUCGCAUGCAUUGAAAGCCUUGCAAUGGGAUGAGUGUCCAAAGAUUCCAGCUGGGCGCCCUAGUGUGGGGCAAGCAUCGUGUAUCUUCCCAAGCCGCGGUGCUGGAAGUGGCAACAUUGAAGCAUGGGUGAAAGAGUGCGCUGGUGAUGACAGCUUAAUUCCAUACAUCCGAACCUUGAACUGA